AUGCAAGGUGUUUGUUAACAUUGAUCUGGUGAAAAUGAACACGAGUGAGAAGAAAACAGAAGCAACAAAUUCCACAGAAGCUGGAGAGACGGAGAACGUGACUUUCAAGUCACUGGGCAUUGUUGAUGUUCUCUGUGAGGCCUGUGAACAAUUAAAAUGGAAAGCUCCAACGAAGAUCCAGAGAGAAGCUAUUCCAGUUGCUCUGCAAGGGUCAGAUGUGAUUGGAUUAGCAGAGACUGGUUCAGGAAAAACAGGAGCAUUUGCAUUACCAAUUUUACAGACACUUCUUGAUAAUCCUCAAAGACUCUAUGCUCUUGUCCUAACUCCUACAAGAGAGCUGGCUUUCCAAAUUUCUGAACAAUUCGAGGCUCUUGGGGCAUCAAUUGGAAUCAAAUGUGCUGUGAUUGUGGGAGGGAUUGAUAUGAUGACACAAGCUUUGAUGCUGGCUAAAAAACCUCAUGUUGUCAUAGCAACUCCAGGAAGAUUAGUUGACCAUCUAGAAAACACAAAGGGAUUCAACUUAAGGUCUCUCAAAUAUUUGGUCAUGGAUGAAGCAGAUAGAAUUCUUAAUAUGGAUUUUGAACAAGAGGUUGAUAAAAUUCUGAAAGUGAUACCAAGAGAGAGAAGAACUCUGCUGUUUUCUGCCACAAUGACAAAAAAGGUGGCAAAAUUACAAAGGGCAUCCCUGCAAAACCCAGUGAGAGUUGAAGUUUCAUCAAAAUACCAAACAGUGGACAAACUCCAACAGUACUACCUUUUUAUACCUGUGAAAUUCAAGGAUGUCUAUUUGGUGUAUAUUUUGAAUGAGUUGGCUGGCAACUCCUUCAUGGUGUUCUGUAGUACAUGCGCUAACACACAGAGAGUGGCACUAAUGUUACGGAACCUGGGACUCACUGCAAUUCCACUGCAUGGACAGAUGAGUCAGUCAAAAAGACUUGGAGCUUUGAAUAAAUUUAAGAGUAAAAACAGAUCCAUCCUUAUUGCCACUGAUGUAGCAAGCAGAGGUCUUGAUAUACCACAUGUGGAUGUUGUUUUGAACCUUGACAUCCCAACACAUUCUAAAGAUUACAUCCAUCGAGUUGGCAGGACAGCAAGAGCUGGGCGUUCAGGGGUAGCCAUCACCUUUGUUUCACAGUAUGAUGUGGAGCUGUAUCAGAGAAUAGAACACCUGAUUGGUAAGAAGCUGCCCCUGUAUAAGACAGAGGAGGAGGAGGUGAUGCAGCUGAUGGAGAGAGUGACAGAGGCACAGAGAUACGCCAAAAUGGAAAUGAAUGAAACAGAACGAGGAAGAAAGAAACGUAAGAAUGAGGAUGAUGAAGCAGAUGAUACAGAGGAAUCCCUUGAUAUCCCUGAUGAUACACCUGAGACAAAUCCAUUAUUACGAUACCAUGAAAUGCCAGAUUUUAGUAUACCACCAGACAAAAUUAUCACAGGGGCAGCUAAACUUUCCCAGGAUUUUGAUAUGUCAUUUCAAAAUCAUUUAAAAGAUCUACAAGAAUCUACAGAACUUCCUACAUUUGAAUCUGUUUUACAUCCAGUAGAAAAGGCUCGUGUGCCAUUAUAUUACAGUUUGUACACCGGCAAACAGCUGGGCGUAGGAAAAACUGGAAAAUAUUAUGAUGCAUUUUUGAAGACAACAGACAUUGCAGGACGAGUAGAGUCAGAGAGGUGGUAUGGGCAAAGUCUGUACAAAGCAUUGCUCAGUGUUCGCAACAAUGGAAAUCUCACAGAAGCCCAGUCCAGGUUACUUGACCUAUACAUUCAUGAAUUCAUUAGAAACGGAGCAGAACUUAAAGAUUCCCAAAAGAAGGGACUUUCUACAAUUACAAAAAAGAUCUUACACAAACAAGAUAAGUACAGGCUGAACCUUGACAAUGCCUUAAGUACCUCCAUGCAGAAGGUUGACGAGUCCUUUGUCCAGGGAAUUCCACUUAAUGUUCUACAGUACAUGGUGCCACCAGGCUCAGACCCAAGAAAAGGUCCAUGGAGGAUUGUUCAUCAUCCAGUCGUCUAUGAUGGUAUCCUGAGAUACUGCCGACUUGGUUCUCUGCGGAAAGAGGUGUGGAUUAAAAUGGUCAGCAUGGCUGGUAGUGAAAUGAUGGAAAAACGCUCUAGUAAUGUACAAGCCAUUCAUGGAAUUGUCCAAAACAGACAUCUUUUGGCCACAAAGCUAGGAUUUAAAAGUUAUGUUGAUAUGGUGUUGGAGAGAACAAUGGCAGGGAGUAUGGAUAAUGUUGUCAGCGUCCUGGACAUGAUGAAGAAUAAGCUGUAUGAUAUUGUGAAGAAUGAUAUUGAAACACUGAGGGAGUAUUCUAAAAAAUCUGAGAUAGAACACUGGGACAUAGAGUACUUUAGGCAAAGGAGGAUGGAGGAUAUUUACAAUUUUAAAAGUUUGGAUCAGUUUUCAGAAUUCUUCCCAUAUUCUAAAGUGAGAGACAAUUUCUUCCAACUAUGUACCAAACUGUUUGGUAUAAAAUUUCAGGAACGACAUGAUUGCAGUACUUGGCAUGAGAGUGUAGAAGUGUUUGAUAUCAUAGAGGAAGAUGGCACAGUUGCAGGGACGAUUUAUAUAGAUCCUUUUGCAAGAAAUCAUAAAGUGGACCACACUUACUAUGAGAUGGGAAGAGACAGAAGCACUGUUGUUGAUACUACACCUUUGGUUUAUGCUUCACUAAGAAACCCCCCUCCAUUUGAUCAUAGCACACCGAGUCUGUUAAAUAUAGGAGACCUGUACAGUUUCAUCAUGACAAUGGGAUGUGUCCUCCAGUGUGUUCUUUCUAAGGCCCCAUACAGUGAGUUAUCUGGGGACAGGUUUAUGGAGCCAGAUGCACAGUACAUUGUGCCCUACACACUGUGGAAUCUGGUGUACUGUCCGGAAGUGUUCAGCUCUCUCAGUAGUCACCACUCAUCUGGUGAAAAGAUCCCAACAGAACUGUUAAACAGAAUGAUUACAUCACAACAGCACAUGCAGUCAGUUGAUGUUCUAAAUGAAGUUUUCAAAAGUGCCCUGGAUUUGGAAUUUUAUCUAGAAGAAACCAGGGGUACAUUCAUUAAAACCCCUGAAUCUACCCCUGAUCAGUACAGAAGACUAUACAAAGAGUUCAUCCCUAUGCCCCUACAUCCCAAAGAUGAGAGAUUUUGUACAUUUAAUGAUAUCUUCAUAGGAAAUAAAAGCUGUCUGUACUAUGCUGACACAUGGGCCAAGAUGGUAGCAGCUGAUGCAGUUUCAGCUUUCAAAGAUGUUAUUGGUGAUGAGGAAAAAUUAGCCAUUGUUGGGAGAAGAUUUCGGGACACUUAUUUAAGAAUGGGAGCAGGAGUUGAUCCUAAAACUGUAUUCAGAACUUUCAUGGGAAGAGAUCCCACUCCUGAGCCAUUUUUGUCCAAGUUCAGAGAAGAAAAAUUGAUCACAACAGAAGAAUGAUAAAAUAUCAGCAAUGGGUUUCUGUGAUAUUUCAAUGACCGACUGUUAGGCUUAGUUUAUCAGACUUUAGCCCAUUUGUCUGACUGAACAAGCAUUGAACUACAUGUAUGAUGCUUAUAUCAACAAAGUGUUGGUGGUGUGUGAGAAACAAACAAGCUACUUCUACAGAACAUUUUUUUGUAAGAUUUUGUAGGUUAUGAAUGAUAAAUAAAGAAGUGCGUACUUUU